AUGUCACCGCAGGACAGAACCGCGCUCGAAGAAAAAAGCUCUGAGCUUUUAUCAUUCCUCACUGGCUCAAUCCCACCAGUUAUAUCUGUACUCAAAUAUGAUGAACAAGCAGCUGAACGUGGCUCCCCAGGGCUUCCGUUCUUUGCUCUGGCAUUACUCAUUCAUGGGUUAGCCCAUGCAACGAAUAAAAGAUAUCAUGGGGGCAAUCCGGUAUCGACUCGUUGUGAUGUGAAGGAAUUUUACGAUCUUGGAUAUCAACUCGAGACAGAGUUUUUUGGUGGGAUAAUUGGCAUAGUCUUCAAGAAUGGUACUGUCAAAGACCAGCAGCUCCCAGAGAUUUCGUAUUUCACCCUCCUUUCUCCUGAGAAGAAGAUAUACAAGAUUGAUAUGUUUUGUGCUGAGUUAACACCUUACCGAUUAACACAAAUUUAUGCAGAUAUGGAUGAUGCAGCGACUUGGGACAGUAGAGCGGAUGGAAAACUUGCCCCUUUUGAUUUUGACAGGCUCGAGGACCUGAGCAUGACCGUUCUAGAUUUCUUUGCUCAAACGUGUACCGCUGUGAACACUUCAUAUGCGCCUGUCAAUAUUCGUCCCCAUCGGCGUCGUCCGCGCCUUGUUAAAAUCGGAAACCUGUAUAUAUUUCCUACCCAAGGCUGCAUGUGUCGCUAG